CGAUCUCGCACCGCCUCCAUCUGAAAGAUUCGGAAUUUUUCUACGCGACGCCCCGACCGGGAGUGAUUCCUUCCUUCCUUCCUUGUCUUCCAAGGCUUCUCCUCUUUGAUAGCCAUCCAUCCAAUCGCUCCCAUUUGUCGUGCUUCAAGCACCGUCAGACGAUGGUGGAUCACUCGGGGCGAGAGCAGCGAUGUCACGACUGCAUCAGAGCGCUGGAGGAGGAGCGCAGGAAGAUCGAGGCCUUUCAGAGGGAGCUGCCUCUUUGUCUUCAGCUCGUCACCCGAGCGAUCGAGUGCGUGAGGGAGCAGAUGGGCGAUGACGAGAGUGUGAACGAUGCGCCUGUCUUGGAAGAGUUUAUCCCUCUGAAGCCCAGCUUGGCUUCGACAUCGUCGGAAGGUAGCGGCGAGGCUAAGAAGGCUGCGAUGGUGGGGAGGUUGGAGACGAAGCCGGAUUGGCUUAGAUCCGUCCAGCUCUGGGAUCAGCAGCCGGACACUGUUCUUAAAGUGGAACCGCCGAAGAAGCCGAUGGCCGUGAGUUUGAAGAAGACUGGCGGCGCAUUCCAGCCUUUCGAGAGAGAGAAACACGCCACGACACCACCGGCUGCAACGGCGGCAGCUUCGAACUUCACCACGAGCCGUGGUGGUGGUGAUAGCAGCAGAGGAGGUGAGAUGGAGAAGAAGGAGGAGCAGUCGCCGGUUCAUCGGAAGGCGAGGCGUUGCUGGUCGCCGGAGCUCCACCGCCUCUUCCUGCAUGCCCUCGAGCGGCUCGGUGGAUCCCAUGUGGCGACGCCGAAGCAGAUCAGGGAGAUGAUGGAGGUGGACGGCCUCACCAACGACGAGGUGAAGAGCCAUUUGCAGAAAUAUCGGCUGCACACAAGGCGACCGAACCCCGCAGACCAGAGCAGCAGCAGCAGGCCUCAGUUUGUGUUGGUGGGUGGACUUGUGGUUCCGCCUGCAUCACCACCCGGCGGAAAUGGUGCUUGUGCUCCUCCUAACGGGAUCUACGCCCCUGUGGCAUCUCGGCCAUCGGGCUUGAGAUCUCAACAGCGGCCGAGAUCCGGCAUAAGGCCAUCAAACUCGGGAGGAAGAUGCAGUGAAGAUGUGAACAGCAUGGGGGAUGACGACUCUGCGUCCCCUACCACCUCUGCGUCUUCCCAAACCACCACCGCUUCGCCUCCCUUCUGACUGACUCUACAGCGAGAUUUUUUUACGGCAUCUCAGUUUUGUCGAUUGCUUCUCAUUGCCUUAAUUUGUUGUCCGAAAUAAAAUGUACUCGAUGUAUGCUUGUCUUACUCAUGUGUUGUAAGUUUACAGAUGGAUGUCGCUUAAUGAAAAACACAAAAGAUCAUUGAGUUCAUCUA